AUGGUUCAUUUGAACAGUCAUACUAAUAUUGUAGUGCAACAAGAAGGCAGAGCAGGCACAUGCAUGAUCAAUCAUUCAGAGUGCUGCAAAUGUCAGGAUCAUUAUGCACCCUAUUCUUCAGAACCUGUUCAAUGCAACAAUACAAUGCCUGAAGCAAUUCUUAUGACGCCUCAUCUGUCUGCUUCUCCUAUCCAUUGUGAUACCGAAUGCAAAUGCUUAUGUACUUAUAAAUCAAUGGAUUCACAAUGCAUCAAUACUACAAGUAGCACAUAUUGUCUUCAAUUCAUAUGUAUGCUUUGUUACACAUGCACAGGCAAAUCAUUCUCAGUUAUGAUUCACAGUCAGGUACUAUUUAAGGAAUUCUUGAUGUUCCCAAUGCACAUCCUACACAUCGGUUCUGUUUACAUAAGAAGAUAUAUCAGCCACAUCCAAAAGCCAAUCUCGCCAGAGUCAUUCACCAAGAUAUACCUUGUAUGCUGUGUCCUUGCUGCAAAAUACAUCGACGACACCAGAAUAUUCAAUGAUUUCAUUGUGCAAAAGUGGAGAUUCGCAAUCAAAGAUAUCAAUCGCAUUGAAAUCUCAAUUUUAAGACUGCUCAAGUUCAAUCUCGAUGUUGAUCCAGAUGUAAUUUACUCUUAUGUACGGCCAGGCACUUCUCUAUACAAUUAUAAACAGCACAAUCGAUAUCAAAUGCAUUAG